AUGCGCUAUCAGGGUCACACCAUGCGCUAUCAGGGUCACACCAUGCGCUAUCAGGGUCACACCAUGCGCUAUCAGGGUCACACCAUACGCUAUCAGGGUCACACCAUGCGCUACCAGGGUCACACCAUGUGCUAUCAGGGUCACACUAUGUGCUAUCAGGGUCACACCAUACGCUAUCAGGGUCACACCAUGCGCUAUCAGGGUCACACCAUACGCUGUCAGGGUCACUUCAUGCGCUAUCAGGGUCACACCAUGUGCUAUCAGGGUCACAACAUGCGCUAUCAGGGUCACACCAUGUGCUAUCAGGGUCACACCAUACGCUAUCAGGGUCACACAAUGCGCUAUCACGGUCACACAAUGCGCUAUCAGGGUCACACCAUGUGCUAUCAGGGUCACACCAUGUGCUAUCAUGGCCACACUAUGCGCUAUCAGGGUUACAACAUGCGCUAUCAGGGGCACAGUAUGCGCUAUCAGGGUCACACCAUGCGCUAUCAGGGCCACACCAUACGCUAUCAGGGUCACACCAUGUGCUAUCAGGGUCACACCAUGCGCCAUCAGGGUCACACCAUGUGCUAUCAGGGUCACACCAUGCGCCAUCAGGGUCACACCAUGUGCUAUCAGGGUCACACCAUACCCUAUUAG